GUCCGCUUCAAACCCAUAUUCCACUGGGAAAGAGAGAGAGAAAGGGAGAGAGAGAGAGUGUGUGUGUGCGUGAGAGAGAGAGAGCAGGACCUGGGAGAAGAGCAACGAAAGAAAAAGAGGAGAGAAAAACGGAACAACGACACAAAUGGCACUCAUGGCAGGGAUUUUGUUCACGGCUACCUUUCUUGUUUUGGGGAUUUCUACAUUUGUUUCGUCGGCACGGACAUACCCCCCAAAUGAAGUCACGUUAUUGGACUCCAGAUCUGUACAGGGGGAGCUGGGAUGGGUCGCUAACCCGACAGAAGGAGGGUGGGAGGAAGUGAGCAUUAUGGAUGAAAAGAACAUUCCCAUCCGGACGUACCAGGUGUGUAAUGUCAUGGAGCCAAACCAGAACAACUGGCUCCGCACUGACUGGAUCCCCCGAGGUGGAGCCCAGCGUGUCUACAUUGAGAUCAAGUUCACCCUGCGAGACUGCAACAGCCUCCCUGGGGUCAUGGGAACCUGCAAGGAAACCUUCAAUCUUUACUACUACGAGUCCAACAACGACAAGGAGCGCUACAUCCGUGAGAACCAGUUCGGCAAGAUUGAUACCAUUGCCGCGGACGAGAGCUUCACUCAGGUGGACAUCGGCGAUCGCAUCAUGAAGCUGAACACAGAGGUCCGGGAUGUGGGUGCCCUGACCAGGAAGGGCUUCUAUUUGGCCUUCCAGGAUGUUGGAGCAUGCAUCGCGCUUGUGUCUGUCAGGGUCUUCUACAAGAAAUGUCCUUUAGCGGUGCGUAACUUGGCCCAGUUUCCUGACACCAUCACUGGAGCCGAUACCUCCUCACUUGUGGAAGUUCGUGGCUCAUGCGUGGAUAAUUCAGAGGAGAAGGAGGUUCCGAAAAUGUACUGCGGGGCUGAUGGGGAGUGGCUGGUGCCCAUUGGGAAUUGCUUGUGUAACCCUGGAUAUGAGGAACGCAAUGCAGAAUGCCAAGCAUGCAAGAUUGGAUACUACCGCGCUCUGGCCACUGAUGGCGCCUGCUCCAAGUGUCCACUCCACAGUUACUCCGUCAGGGAGGGAUCUACGUCCUGCGUCUGCGACAAGGGAUACUUUCGCUCUGAAACGGACCCGGCAUCCAUGCCCUGCACACGCCCUCCGUCAGCGCCUGUCCAUCUCAUCUCAAACGUGAACGAGACCUCUGUAAACCUGGAGUGGAGCCCGCCUCGGAGCUCAGGUGGACGCCAGGACUUGACAUACAACGUGGUGUGUAGGCGCUGCGGGCCUGACGGCCGACGCUGUCAGCCCUGCGGUAAUGGCAUCCAUUUCAGCCCACAGCAGCUGAGUCUGAAGGGAACCAGGGUGUCCAUCAACGAGCUGCAGGCCCACACCAACUACACCUUCGAGGUGUGGGCAGUGAAUGGAGUCUCGCCUCAGAGCCCCGGGCCGGAACAGGCAGUGUCUGUGACUGUCACCACCAACCAAGCCGCUCCCUCGCCAGUGAGUUCCAUACAAGCAAAGGAUAUAACAAGACACACCAUCUCACUGGCCUGGCAACCACCAGACAGAGCCAACGGGGUCAUCCUGGAGUAUGAGGUCAAGUACUACGAGAAGGACCAAAAUGAAAGAAGCUACAGAAUCAUCAAAACCUCAUCAAGGAACACAGAUAUCAAGGGUCUCACCCCUCUCACAACCUACGUGUUCCAUGUGCGUGCACGCACGGCAGCCGGUUAUGGGGACUUCAGCGGCCCGUUUGAGUUCAUGACCAACUCUGUUCCAGCUCCCAUCAUAGGCGAUGGGGCCAACUCCACAGUGUUGCUGGUGUCAGUUGUGGGCAGUGUUGUCCUCCUCAUCAUCCUCAUCAGUGCUUUCGUCAUCAGCAGGAGAAGGAGUAAGUACAGCAAGGCCAAGCAGGACUCUGACGAAGAGAAGCACUUACAUCAAGGAGUGAGGAUAUACGUUGACCCCUUUACCUACGAAGACCCAAACCAAGCUGUCCGCGAGUUUGCCAAAGAGAUCGACGCUUCCUGUAUCAAGAUCGAGAAGGUUAUUGGCAUCGGAGAGUUCGGCGAGGUCUGCAGUGGCCGCCUGAAGAUGCCCGGCAAGAGGGAGAUCUGCGUGGCCAUCAAGACUCUGAAGGCCGGCUACACGGACAAGCAGAGGAGGGACUUCUUGUCCGAGGCCAGCAUCAUGGGGCAGUUUGACCAUCCAAACAUCAUUCACCUGGAGGGCGUGGUCACCAAAUGUAAGCCAGUGAUGAUUAUCACCGAGUACAUGGAAAACGGAUCGCUGGAUGCAUUCCUGAGGAAGAACGAUGGUCGCUUCACAGUCAUCCAGCUCGUUGGCAUCCUCCGCGGAAUUGCAUCCGGUAUGAAGUACCUCUCAGACAUGAGCUACGUUCACCGUGACCUGGCGGCUCGCAACAUCCUGGUCAACAGCAACCUGGUGUGCAAGGUGUCCGACUUCGGCAUGUCCCGGGUAUUGGAAGACGACCCUGAGGCUGCAUACACUACCAGGGGUGGGAAGAUUCCCAUCCGCUGGACGGCCCCGGAGGCCAUCGCUUACAGAAAGUUCACCUCGGCCAGCGAUGUGUGGAGCUACGGGAUCGUCAUGUGGGAGGUGAUGUCAUACGGCGAGAGACCAUACUGGGACAUGAGCAACCAAGACGUUAUCAAGGCUAUUGAUGAGGGCUAUCGGCUGCCCCCGCCCAUGGACUGCCCCGUGGCACUCCACCAGCUCAUGCUGGACUGCUGGCAGAGGGAGAGAGCCGAUCGGCCGAAGUUCGGACAGAUCGUCAACAUGCUGGACAAACUAAUCCGCAACCCCAACACGCUGAAGAGGACCGGGGGAGAAACUGCUGUCAGGCCUAACACCACGCUGUUGGAGCCAGGGAGCCCUGAGGCGUCAUCAGCUGCGGGCACAGUGGAGGACUGGCUGCAGGCCAUCGGCAUGGAGAGAUACUGCGACAACUUCACCGCUGCUGGAUACACCACUCCAGAAGCUGUGGUCCACAUGACACAAGAGGACAUGGCUCGCAUAGGCAUCACCUUGGCAACACAUCAGAACAAGAUCCUGACCAGUGUCCAGGGAAUGCUCUCCCAAAUGCAACAGAUGCAAGGCAGAAUGGUUCCCGUCUGAGAGAUUUAAACAAAGAAAAAGGAGAAAGGAUUCAAACCGACUUCGUUUCUUAUGAAAAAAAUAAAUAACAAAAAAGAUUAAAUAUAAAAAAAGAGACAAAUAAACUAUGAAGAAAUAGUUUACCUCAUCCAUGCACUUUAAAUUGGAUUUAAAAGAAAAGAAGACGUUGAUGUAGAAGAAAAAAAGUGGAGAAAAUGGCACUUUUUUUGAAUCAGACCUUUACCUUGCCCUUUCUGUGUUGUUUUGGAGGAUGGGACGCUUCUGUGUGUGAGCAGCAUUUACGGAUAGAUGGAGGGACGGCUGGAAAAGUGCUUCCGAGAGGCCAAUCUGGAGUGCCUUUAAUGGUCUGGAAGGAAAAGCGAAGGAGGGAGGGAACCAUACCUUUCUUCCUCUUGUUGGGCAGAGUGUUGUUUCUGGAACUUUCUUUCUGGAAUAAUCCGUGGAGCAGAUUUUUUUGAUUUCCUGUGACUAUGUUUAUUGUACAUGAGUUGUUUCUGUGGGACUCGCAGGCCGCCGCCACUGCUGCCACCAUUGUUCACUCUCAGCUGGAUCUGUUUGAUAUCUCACAGACAAAAUGGAGGAUCCUGAGGGUCGUGUAUAAACACUGAUUCUCUGAGAGGUUGAGGGUUGAAUUCCGAGCAGAGAUGGCGGUUCACAGGAGGUUUAUUUUGAGGAGCUUCUCGUGUUUUUGGCUCUGUUCUGGCCUUGUGUCUUCUCCCAGAAUGCUGUCUUUUGUUGCCCUCAGGAUGUUGCUGAGAAUGUCUUUGAUCUUCCAGAGGAUUUUUCCCACUCCCUUGUCUUCCCUGAAAAAAAAUGCCCUACUGCACCUCAGAUAAACACAAUUUGGAUUCUUCCAUUCAGCCCCACAUGUGAAUAAGAGACCCUGCCCCCCUGCUUCUGCAAGAACCUCCAACUCUUCCUCAGAAAUUACACUGACUUCAUAACCUGGACGCUACACCGAUGGAGUUAAAGAACAGAAGUUUUCUUUUUUUGGACAAAAGGCUGCAACAGAGAAACAUGAUGAAGAAUGAAUCAGCAAUGUCAUCAUCACCAAGAAAACAAACAAGACAAUGUGAAGAGGAUUACUGAAACCAUCAUCAAGCUGCUGCCGUCCAUCCUGAUGGAUCCCAGCCCCGCUCGCCAUGAUCAGAAUUCUUCCUCGGCCUCCUCUUUUGUCUUCCUCCUCCUGCUUUCCCCCCUCUGACACUGAGACGACAAACCCAUCCACAAGCGCCUGGGACGUCCGUCGCAACAACAUGUCACCUUGACAAACCUGCGACCUCCACGUUCUUGUGGCCACUCAGCAAUGUACUGGAAAUCCAAUGAAUGAUUGAACAGCGUCAUAAAAAGAGACGAUAAGAAGAAUGUAAUAUAAUCGAGAAGGCCUGCUCCAGCGGAUAAUGUACUUUAAUUUGACAAGUUUCACUUCAUUUUGUGACUUUUUUUGUUUUGUUUUUAUUGUUUCGUUCUGUUUGCAUGUAACGUAACAAACGUUUGAUUUGAGCGUGAGGACGUGAUGAAGUGUGUGCACGAGUGUGUGUAUGUGUGUGAGUAGCUGUAUGAGUGACAACGUCUUUGAAGUACUAUCAGUAAUCGUGUCUGUUUUCAUGCCACUGUGGAGGAAGAGGGGACAACAGAGAUGUUUUGUUUUUGACAUAAAAAAAAGAAAAAAAAUCCUGGACUAUUUUUGCUUUUGAGUCCUCUAAAAAAAUACAACGUCAGCCGUGUCAGUCGCUCCGAUCGUGCGAACUCUACUCAGUUACAGCAUUUAUAAAACCGCUUUCUGGAAUGCAACCCAUUUCUGCUUUGGCAGUGACUGCGGCUUGCAAAUGGACACACGGUUUUGGAAACACAGACAUGUGUGACUAAAAGCCUCCUGAGUUUGGACUCUUCGAGCUCCUGAAAGGUUGAGGAGGAAUCGUGGAAACUCUCUCUCUCUCUUCAUGUGGAAAUGGAAGCAGUUUAAAAUGACACAAGUAAAGGAUCUGAAGUGUAAGGAAAGGUGUUAAAGAAGGGAAACUGUUGAUUACUUUUAUUUUUCCAGAGCACAUCAUACAGCUACAGGUUUAACCCAAUGGACUAUAUCCUUUUUGAUCUUUUAUCUCUUUAAACUAUACUUAUGUGAAUGUUUUUGAACUUGUAAGUGACGCUUCAUAUAAUACAGAAACACCUCCGUCCUUAAUACAGCUGUACUGCUCUCUCCUUUUUUUGGCAAAGCGUUCUUCUUUUGGGUUUUAUCUAUGGACAAAAGGACCUGUAUGGAAAUAUGCAAGACAUGUUGGGAAGGAGAAGGAAACCAGAAUGUACUGUAAAAUACUUUUUCCUUUACUUAAGUGUUGGACGAUUUGAAAAAAGAAGAAAAAAAUUAACAAAACACAAGAGUUAAUGUUUGUCAUUGUAUGCCUUCCGAUGCCAUAUGAUCUAGUCAUGUAGAUCUAACAUUCUCUCAAUCUUUUUUGUACAUUUUUUUGACAUGAUCAUGUUUUUUUUGGCCUUGUUUCUUUUGUUUUAUUUGUUUUUGUUCAGGAGCUCUAGGUACAUGUAACUUAUGUCAUUUAUUUAUGUCCUUUUAUAUCUAGUUUGUAAAAUAAUAGCCUAAAGUGAAGAAAAUAAAGGGGUGCCAAAGUGCAUUCUUAAUAAAGUAGAAACAAUAUGA